AUGUCGAACAACGACAAUGUGAUGGCUCGCUUUCUGUUCGCAAUUCUGCAGCAGAAAUGCCUGAAGGAUAUCGACUGGAACAAGGUGGCCCACGACCCGAUUCUGGCUCAGCCCAUCACCAACGGACAUGCUGCCCGCAUGCGAUACUCGCGGUUCAAGGCAGCCAUGCUCGGCACGGAGCCGCAGCGCCGGAACCGCACUAAUCCCAGCAACAGCAAGUCGCGCGUGUCCAAGAAUAAGAAGGGCGACAGUCCCAUGCCCAAGAAGGAGGAAGAAGAAAAAAGCAGUGGCAGUGGGAUUGGCAACAUCAAGACCGAGAAGCCGACCGGUACCACCUCCACGACCAUCAAGUCCGAGCGAAGCGAUGCCCAACAACCCCAACCCCCUGCAUCCAUGACAGGCCCAGCAACAACGAUGAAGACAGAGCCUGGUCUCGUCCAUCCCUACAGCCAACACCAACGCCAUCCUUCAAUCUUUUCCACCGCCUCUCCCCGUAUCAAGCAAGAGCGGCUCCCUACCACCGCCGCGAACACGAUCGCCAACACCACACCCCCCAUGCCCGAGCCCAGACCUUUCGGCCUCGUCACUACCAUGCCCACCACAACAGCCUCCGCGUCCUCGGUCCCUUACUUAGACAGCCAGCAUCGAAUGCAGAUGCGUUUCCCCACGCCGUGCAGCGACUCAGACGGUGUGCCCAGCAUGAAUGGCUUUCUCCCGCUCAGCCCAGUUCCCUCCACGGCUGACCUCCUCCACCAGCAUUCACAGCACCAUCAGCUCGUCGGCGCCGGAUCCCCGCCCCUCUCCACCACGGCCUCGACUUCCUCCCCGUACGACUUCACCCACUGUGACUCGUCCCCCACGCCCUGGCAUUCACAGCCUCAUCCCCAGCAGCACCACCAGCAUCACCACUCAGUUGUACAUGCGCUCGGUCAUGCUCACCACAGCCAGCCAGCCAUAUACUCGGCCUCCCCGUCCUCCGCUUCCGCUUCCGCGUUCGGCCUCGGCCUCAACCUUGAUCUCGGGGGUGACAACAACAGCAGCAGCAAUAAUAUUCAUCAUAUCAUGAACACAUUCUGUGGCGAGCACCAUCAUUAUCACCAUCAGGGUCACGGGUUUGACGAGGAGGGGCAUCUCGAGCUUGACACGCUCGGGCUCAACGUCGGCGGGGCCUCUGCUGGUGCUGGCGCCGGGGGCGGCAUGAGCUUGUUUCGGGAGAGGGAGUUGGAGAUGGAGAUGGCUACUGCUGCUGCUGCUGUUACCGGUCAGCAGAGAGUUGGCGGCGGUGGUGGCGAUGGUAAUGCCGCGGGAGGGCAGGUCAAGGCGGAGUGGGAGGAGGGGUUGAGAUUUGAGAUUUGA